AUGAUAAAUCCACAGACUUUAACCCUCACUCCGUUCACAUCUCUUCUUUUCCCAUCUAUCCACGCUCCAAAAUCACUGUUCCAUUCCCAAUCUCUUGCAAUUUCAACUAAGCCCAUCUGUAAAAUUCGUUAUACAAGGAGUCUGAUUGGACCGUCUUUUGUAGCCAAAGCUUCUACCACUGCGGCUGUUCCCGAUGACAUCACGGAUGUGCUCGGGGAUGUCGGCAUCUUCACCGCCACUGGCGAGCCCGUCAAGUUCAAGGACCUCUGGGAUCAAAAGGAGGGAAUGGCUGUUGUUGCGCUGUUGCGGCAUUUUGGAUGUUUUUGCUGCUGGGAACUUGCGGAGGCCCUCAAAGAAUCGAAAGGAAGAUUUGACUCUGCUGGUGUUAAGCUGAUUGCUGUUGGUGUUGGUACUCCUAAUAAAGCUCGUCUUCUUGCUGAAAGGUUACCUUUUCCACUGGAUUGCCUUUAUGCUGACCCUGAACGUAAGGCUUAUAAUGUUUUGGGCUUAUAUUAUGGACUUGGCCGGACGUUUUUCAAUCCAGCGAGUGCCAAAGUAUUUUCGAGAAUGGAGGCUGUGAAAAAGGCUAUGAAGAACUACACAAUUAAAGCCACACCAGAUGAUAGGAGUGGUGUCUUGCAACAGGGAGGGAUGUUUGUGUUCAAAGGGAAUCAACUGCUGUAUGCAAGGAAGGAUGAAGGGACUGGGGACCACGCUCCCUUGGAUGAUAUCUUUGAUAUCUGCUGCAAAGCUCCUACUGUGUGA